AUGAGCCCUUCCGCCCGGGAGGGGUUAAUCCCCGCGGGCCCCCGCCCCGGGGGGAAACGGGGCUCCCCCGCCUCCCCCUCCCCCGCUCCCGGCCCCCUCAGCGGCCAGUGUGGGGCUCCCGGGGCAGCGCUGACAGUUCAAGCCACAAUGCCCCCCCCACUCCCGACGCGGGCGGCCCCCGCACCCCACGCGGCCCGGGGUCCCUACCCAUCCCCCGCGGGCGGGCCCCGGACCCCUGGGGCCCCUCAGCCCCUCUCCGCGCCCCCCCCCAGCCCCGUGCCGGGCGGUCCGGGAGGCGCGGGUCGGGGGAGGCGGCGAGGGGUGUCCCCGAGGCCAGGCGACGCGGCCGGGGGGCGGCGGGCGGCGGGGGGGAUCCCCGUACCUCUCUUUGUGUCUGGCUCCUCCGUGCCGCCGCGGCGGCUGCUGCUGCGGCUGCGGCUGGGCCUGGCCACUCGUGUCUCUCUCUCGCUGGGAGAGAAGCGGAAGUGCAGCAACAGCAACUAUUAA